AUGGGAGCUUUUCCCCCCCAGCAAUGUCAACAUGCAAGUCUUCAUUCAGGCUUCAGGACCGGCCAAUGUUACUGUGCUGCCUCAAAGGAAAGAGCAACCCAUGGAUAGUCAAGGCAGUGGGAAGUCUGGACUCUCUGGGUAUUACUACCAGGGUGUGUGGCGAUCACUAGGUGGCACCAAAGUCCACCAAUUCAACAACUCCUCUGCCAUCAGUCAGUGUCUGAAAGGAAAGGAGGUCCACCUGUAUGGAGACUCCACCGUCAGGCAGUGGUUUGAGUACCUUGAUGCUUCACUUCCAGGUAGUUGAUUCAAAGUGAUUCCAGGCAACAGUUUAAUUGUAUUUAUAUCACAGCUUAAUCUGCUCCUUUUUUCAUACUUUCAGAUGCUAAGGAGAUAAACCGGAAUAAUCCGAAGAAAUCAGGACCUUUCAUGAUAUGGGAUAAUGCAAAAAACAUCUUGGUGAAGUUCCACUUACACGGUCCUCCUCUUAGUAUUUCCGUCCUUAUCCCAACCAGUGAGCUGCGUUA